UAUUUUCUUUCACAAUAUAUAUUUGGAUUGAAUGAUGAUGAAAUUCAGAACUACUAUUCAAAACUCUUGAGAAAAUUCAGAACUUGUUUGCUAUAUAAUGGCGAUGCGCACAUGAUCACCGGUGAGAGAGAAAAUUCAGCGCUUCCACUGCCGAAUUCCCCUUUCGCAAAACCCUCAAAAACCUCAAUUCCGAAGAAUUCAGCACCACUUGAUGAGGAAGAGAGAGAGAGAGAAUCCCUGCGGGAUUUGCGGCCACUACCACAAGUUCGAGGAGGGCGAGGUCUGCGGCAUCUGCGGCCACCGCAUGCCCGCCGGCGCCGAUAAAUCCGCCGUCCACGUCAGCGCCUUCGCCUCCGAGAUCCUGCCCGAGUUCCUCUAUCUCGGCAGCUUCGACAAUGCCGCCCGCAGCGAGCUUCUCAAGUCCCAGGGCAUCUCCUGUAUUCUCAAUACUGUCCCUGCUUGUCAGAAUUUGUACAAGAACUCGUUUACCUAUCACUGUCUACAGUAUGAUCAAAAACUGCCGUUUGAUGAUGCAAUUCAGUUUCUGGAGCAAUGCGAAAAGGAGAGGGCUCGGGUUCUGGUACACUGCAUGUCUGGUAAAAGCAGGUCUCCGGCCAUAGUAAUGGCUUACUUGAUGAAAAGCAAGGGCUGGAAACUUGCACAGAGUUAUCAAUGGGUGAAAGAACACCGGCCUUCAGUCGAACUACAUCCAGUGGUGCACCAACAAUUACAGGAAUACGAGCAGAAACUAUUCGGUUCAAUAGAGAAUAGUGGUAUGGGCAUGCCGAAUUUGUCUUCUUUAAGCUUUGGCUUCUCAAGGCCAAAUGAUACACCACUGGCUGCAGCAGCAGCUCCUGUUUUUACCAACACUAGCAAUGCUUCUAUCUUCGCCCGUCCCUUGCCCGACGUCCCCUCUCAAGAAUUCACCUUCGGAGCUGGCCCGACUCCAGAGACCGCACCUCGUAACUCUGGUCUCAACACCAGCAGCAAUAUCCCAGCUGUCAACGACGUUUCCAUGGACGGUUCUUGACCGGUGGGAUGAUACCAAUCACACGUCGCCUGGUGCUAGAACCAUCGGUGAGAAGUAGGGUUUUACGGCGAAGCUGGGAUGCAAAGUGAUGAUUUUCAGCACUCUAGCCUAUGAUGAACUGAAGUGAACUGAUUGGAACCUAGCCACCCAUCUCUUUUGUGAAUUCUAUAUAGAUGAUAAUUUCUUGGUGUUGAAUUUUAUUAGUUCUUUUUUUUUUCCUUUUCUUUUUAGUUAAGAGAAUACGUACGUUGCCUGCAUAUAUGACUGAAAAUGAAAUGAUUUUACCUGCACCA